AUGACCCAAACCUAUCUAUACAUCAAAAAUAGUCCUUCUUCCUUUCUUUCUUCCUUCUUUUUUUUUCCACUUCCUUCCAGGUCCUCCUUACUUCUUUCCUUCCUUGUCUGCUUCCUUCAACGUCUCUUUUAUUACCCAUCCUUGCCUUUCUUUCUUCCUCCAUAUCUUCCCAGAUUCCAUCGUUCGUUUCUUUCCGAUCAAACUUAUUUCUGCUUUUAUAACGUUUCUUUUUUUUUUUUUGGUGCUUCAUUUUAUUUUCCUAUUUGUCUCUUCUUUCUUUCUUUCUUUCUUUCUUUCUUUCUUUCCUUCUUUCCUUCCUUCUCUCUCUCUCUUUCUUCCGUUUAUUCGUUCGUUCGUUCUUCCUUUCUUUAUUCUAAGGAGUUUUCUUACUUUAUAUUCAAGUCAUCUUUUCUUUUUACAUUUCCUCUUUUACUUCUUUCUCCUCUUUUCUAUCUACCCCAUUUCUUCUUUCUUCUUCUUUCGUUAUUUCUUUCUGCGAUUUCGUUUAUUCGUUCCGUGUUUCCAUUUUAG